AGCCCCGCCUCCGCCUCUGACGGGAGCCGGAAGGAAAACAGGCGGACCGGAGCGCCGCUCGCGGCCAGUCUCCCGACGGGGGCCGACUCCGGAGCGGCCCGCCGGCACGUGGGACGAUGGCGACCGCGAACCCGCGGAAGCCCCUGGAGCAGAGAGGCCGGAAGCUCAGCAUACAUGUGGUGACAUGGAACGUGGCCUCCGCUGCACCCCCUCUAGACCUAAAUGAUCUGCUUCAUCUGGACGACCAGGACCUGAAUUUGGACAUGUAUGUCAUUGGUUUGCAGGAGAAGAACUGUGGGAUCAUCAGCCUCCUUAAUGACACCGCCUUUGAGGACACCUGGAGCAGCGUCUUCAUGGAUGUGCUUUCCCCUCUGGGCUUCAUCAAGGUCUCCUGUGUUCGCAUGCUGGGGCUCCUCUUGUUGGUCUUUGCCAAGCAUCAGCAUUUGCCUUUUAUCCAGAUCAUCUCGACCAGCUCCAUCCCCACCGGCCUCUUCGGCUACUGGGGGAAUAAAGGGGGUGUCAACAUCUGCCUAAAGCUUUAUGGCUACUACAUCAGCAUCAUCAACUGCCACCUGCCCCCCCACAUGACCAACAAUGACCAGCGGCUGGAGCACUUUGACCGGAUCCUGGAGAUGCAGAAUUUCCAGGGGCUUGAUAUCCCCAACAUCCUGGACCACGACCUCAUUCUCUGGUUUGGCGACAUGAACUUUCGGAUUGAGGACUUCGGCUUGCACUUUGUCCGAGAAGCCAUUAAAAACCAGUGCUACAGUGAUCUGUGGGAGAAGGACCAGCUCAGCAUUGCCAAGAAAUGUGACCCGCUGCUCCGAGAGUUCCAGGAGGGCCCUCUACUCUUUCCGCCUACCUACAAGUUUGAUAAGAACUCCAACAACUAUGACACCAGUGAGAAGAAGCGCAAGCCUGCAUGGACUGACCGCAUCCUGUGGAGGCUGAGGCGGAAACCCCAGGAUGAUCCCCACAUUCCUAGGCUGCUGGCCCCCUACUUCUCCCUGUCUCAGAGGAGCUACGUCAGCCACAUGAUGUACAACAUCAGCGACCAUAAGCCUGUCACUGGCACCUUUGACUUGGAGCUGAAGCCAUUGGUUUCUGUGCCUCUGAUCACUCUGAUGCCCGAGGGCCUGUGGACCUUGGAGAAUGACAUGCUCAUCAGCUACACCCUGACCUCCGACUUCCUCAGCAGCCCCUGGGACUGGAUUGGAUUGUACAAGGUGGGGCUGCGCGACAUUAAUGACUAUGUGUCCUAUAUCUGGGUUGGGGACAACCAGGUCUUCUGCAGUGACAGGCUGAACCAGGUCUACAUCAACAUCAGUGAUAUCCUGGAGACUGAGGAGCAGUUUCUCCUCUGUUACUACAGCAACAACCUCCGCUCUGUGGUGGGGAUAAGCAAACCUUUCAAGAUCCAGCCUUGCGCCUUCAUGGGGGCAGACCCGCCUAAGGAUGACCAACCACAGAACUGAGCCGGGCAGAGACGGGAUCCAGGGCAGAGGCCAGAGCUGGCAGUCAUCUCUGCUUCCCACUGCCAGGAGAGCAGGCAGGGCGGGCCCAGCCUGCCCCCUGAGGAGACAGCAAGUAGCCUCCACCUCCCAGCGGCACUCCAACCACUCCUGUGCUCUCUCUCCAGUCCAGAUCUCUGGAAAUGGCUGCUUAAAUAUGGGUUUUCAUUGCAGAGAUGUGCAUGAAACCAGCUGGUUUGUCGGCGUGGAAGAUCUGGGGAUGGCUCACCAGAUGUGGGAAGGACCCUCCAGCCUUCAGCUCGUUUCUUGAUUUUGCCCACAUGUACUUCCAGUCUCACCCCAGCAGGUCUGCCAGGCACAUUGCCCCAUCUGGCACAGACCUGCAUUCUUGGCAUGCCAUCGGGGCCUGCUGGGAGGGGGAGAUGCUCACAUUUGCACAGCCUCCAUGGGCUGGUUGGUGCCAUCUCCACUGGAUUCCAAGAGCCUUGGCAUCAUCUUGUCUCUGCCCCAAGGGGAUGGGCAGAGGUUCUGAGGAGGGAUUCCUCUUUUCAGGGGAAGCAUCUGACUAAGAUGGCACAAUGGAAGGACCCUCCACCCGAGGCAGGGUUGUGGGCAGGGGGAGGAGUGUCCUGCCAGACCAGCACUGCCCUACCCCAUGGAAUCUGACCCAGGAAGUUCUGGGACCUAAGACGGGAACUGGACCUAAGUUCACUUCUGCUGGUGGGGCAGGCUUCAUGCCUCUAACCUGCCCUCCUAUGAAAGUAGUUGGCAGGUGGUAGAGGAAUUGUGGUAACAGUCUUUGGCCCCUACAGCUCAUCUGCCCCUUCCCUGGCCAGCAGCCAGGAACGGCUUUGCUCUGAACCCUUCUGGGACCCAGAAGUGAGGCAGAUGAAGAGAACUGGGGUCAAGACGUUGUAAAGAACAUGGCCUGGGUUGGGGGUUGGGUGGGGGUCUUCAGACAACAUUCCCCAAGGGUUCUACGGACAGGGUCUGUUCCAUCCAGUGAUUUGCCUCCAGCCUCUGUUGUCCCUGGCCGUUCUCCCUGGAAAGAUGCUCCAGGCUGCCAUGCCUGUUCUGUGACCUGAGACGAGGAUACUCCCGUUGCUCCGCAGCUCUGUGCCCAUGAACUGGAGAACUGUUGUGUGGCUUCCGGUGAGCCAUGGCUGCUUGUGACUGUCGCACUGGACAAUGCUUGGCAGCACAGCCUUCCCACUGGCUAUGGCUGACUCAAGGUGGUGCUGUAAGGGGCACCUGCUGGAAGCCUUUGCUGGACCCCAGGCAGAUGAGACUAGACUCAUGCCUGAGCAACAGAGAACACCUGGAUGGGACAGGAAUAAGAUUCUGUUUCUGUGUGCUUUUGGGGCUGUAUCUGGCAGUGAUCGGGAGCUGUUCCUGGCUCUGUGCUCAGGGGACAAUGCACAGAUGCAGGGCAAGUGCCUUAACCCCUAACUUUCCAGUUCCAGGAUAAGGACCUGGAGUUCUGCCUGCCCAGUUGGUCAGUGCCACUUAGCUUACUGUGCUAAGUAGAAUGGGUUUCUUGGCACAGGUGCCUACACCGUGCCCACUGGUUCAUGCCUCAUUACCUGCUGCUCCCUCACAUCUGACUCUGAGUCUUGAUCCUGAGUUAAACUAUCUAAAAAUGUUAGCAUCUUUUCUCUCUGUUCCACCAUCCCCUACAGCCACCACCCUGAAAUUCCCACAGUAGCCCCUGGCCUGCCCCCAAUAUGUCCCCUGAGCCCUCCACCUUUCACCCCUUGUUCCUUCUCACAUGUGCAGCUAUCACCAAGGCCGCCGCAGGCUCCUUUCAUUCAGCAGACAAAAAGGGGGCUGGAGCCCAUCACCGGCUCCAGGAAAGCUGAGCUCAGGCAAAGCUUCCUCUGAAGUUGACACAGGCAGCUGUGAACCGGAAAAAGGAAUGGGGUCAAGAACUGUGUUGGAAUCCGAGUUGCAUCUCCCCACCUUGGAGUCUGUUGUCUGCAGAUACAAACGAUGUACCUCUUUACAAGACUGUUGUGAGAACAGCUGCAAAAAUAAAACUACUGUAUGCCUA